AUGGGAGGGUUCAUAGGCCAUGCGGUGGCGGGAACAAUGUUUUUAACCAUCUCCGUGUGGUGGUUUAUUGGAGACGUCCUGCAAAUGAACCGCCGCAGCGGAACACUCCGAGCUAGAGAUAAGCAGAAGAAGAAAAGGCGAUCCAACCGAUUCCAACUCGUGUGGUAUCAAUGCCCGGGUCCGACGCUCUCCAAAAUUCCUCUGGAGCCAAUGAUAAAAGUGAUCUUAUCAGCAAUCGGAAUCUUGGUUGAAAUGCCUUUUAACAACUCAGCGAAAUUAUAUGACGAACAGGGCAAACUCAUAACCAAGAACUUACGCAAUCACGGACACGCACUUAUGUACGGUUUCUUUGGGUUGAGCGGUAUCGUAGAUCUCAUAAUGUGGUAUCGCUUUCUACCUCUUCCGCCAAAAUUCGACUAUUUAGUACUAUCACUUGCUUUCUGGGUGGAAGGAUUCCUGUUCUAUCUCCAUCUUCACGGAAGAGAUGAACUCAACGUGCAUGUCCAUUGUAUUCUUUACAUUCUCGUUUUUGUUACUGCCCUCGUUUUCUUCUUAGCUGUUGUUUCCGAUCGGUUUGCCCCCUUUGUGAGUUUUUCUAGGUCUUAUUUACUAAGCUUACAGGGAAGUUGGUUUUUCCAGAUUGCUUCAAUUCUUCAUGGCGCCAGACCUUAG